UCAUAUUCAACACUGCGGCUUCAUUUACCAAGAGCAUUAAUUUCGUUAUUGGAUUUUUCCGCAUCUUUCUCCUAAGUCCAAAUCCCAUUUGUGUAUUCGACAACUUGCUUCUUUACUCGCAUUCUCUCUGUCGUCGUGUCGCUUGUCACCACAGACCAAUUCUUUCUUAAGAUCCGGCUUCACGCAACUUGAAGAUGUCAGACGAGGGAGCAUCUCCGCGAGAGCUGCUUCUCGAAGCAUGCCGACGUAACAACACAGAACUGCUACAUGACGUGUUCAACGACAUCGCCAAUGCCCUUUCUGAAAAGGGUUCGCCCUCAGAAAGAACAGCAGACCUGAUAAACAAUGCCAGGGAUGGUAUUGGCAACAACUGCCUUCACAUCGCAGCAACCUACGGGAGCUACGACGCACUAGAUUUAAUACUUGACCAGGAAGGCGUGGAGGUUGAUCCUGUGGACCGACUGGAGAAGGAUACGCCUUUACACAAAUCCGUGAGGUUCGUUAACGGAUUGUCGAAAGACGAAUGGGAUGAGGGAAAGUCUAUUGUUGAGAUCCUCGUGGAUGCGGGUGCAGAUCCAAGGAUACGUAAUAAGGCAAAUUUAAAGGCCAUGGAUUUGGUGGAUCCUCGGAAUACUGAGCUGCGCUCAAUGUUGCAAAGAGCAGAGUUCGCAAUGACUGCUGGCGGUGAUGUCGUUCAAGAAGAUGAUGAGGAGGACGGAGCUGGCAGUGCGAGCGAUAGCGAAUGAUUUCACGAAUUAUAGAUAGCGUUCAGAUUUGCUUUCUUUUACGAUAUUAGAUAGCGGGAACAUCAGCAGCACAUAUCACCAUUAAACGUAAAGAAUUAAGCGGAUAAUAAACCCUACG